AUGGCAUGGGGAACGCCACCUCCGCCUGCUGCUCCAGCGGCCCCUGCGGCCAUGACAGCAAACAAUGUCAUCUUUCUGAUCCUAUUCGGGAUGUUCCUCAUGGCGACGCUAUUACCCGUUCUUGUGGCGACACUCUUCCGCUUUGUCGCUCUAGUGGCUGCGAUUCUCUUAGGCGCAGCAGCUACGAAUCCGUCAGACCAUUCGUUCGCUCUAUGGAUUAGUCAGCAGACCGAGCCGUCGGACCUCGUACCGGACACGUCAGUGGGUGUGUCUAAGUGGUUCUCAGCCAUGUACCAGACCGCCAAGUCUCUAGUUCGCAACGAGCCACUGAGCUGGCGUUUCCACAAUGCACUGACCUUCAGUGUCGUCUACGUACCGUCGAGAGAACGCUACGCUUUUGGCAUCUUCGGGACUUGGCGUUGGGCUGAUGAGUCUGGGGACUACAUCAAGGCUUUGUGCCGAGCGCCGUGGGUAAUAAAGCUCUCGAGAGGAGGGGUUAUGUCCGGUAUUGAGAAGUACCUUGUGGAGACUGAGUCGCAUCGAGAGAUUAGAGCCAAGGCAUUACAGUACAAAGUGAGGAGGGACUGGAAGAAUGCAGCAACGUUCUUCUUAGAGGCUGCAAAGGCGGCUAGUACCGUAAUAAUUCGCGCGAAUUAUGAACUGGAAGCGGCAUGGUGCAUUUUGGAGGAAGUGGAUGCAUACCCGAGAGAAGAGAGCGAACUGGUACGGAAGAUUAAAGGUGUAUGCGAUGAGUUAGCGUCGGCUGGAUACUUUGAUGAAGCUGCGCGUGGCCUAUCGGAGUUAGCGUUGAGACUGAAGCGCAGGUUUCCAGCGGAUUGCAAGUCGGUAGCACUGGCGAAGCAGGUGGCACAGUUGUAUGUGCAGGCGAAGAAUAUUGCUGAAGCUGGCGGCAGUGUACACAGCGCUGCCGAGUACGGACUGUGGGCUGCGGGUGUAUAUGGGGAAGCGAGCUUGUGGUCUCUUGCUGAGGGUUGUUUCGAGGCUGUGGGGGAUCUACGACGCGGCAAUGCACAGCUCGAUCUAGCUAACGAAGCGUAUGGCAACGCGGUUCUCUGCCGUCUCGGUCAGCUUGAUAUCGCAGGAGCUGAGGAGAUGCUGAACCGAUUCACAGAGCUCAUGGGCGAGACCCACCGACCGAGCGACAUGGAUUUCCUCCUUUCAAGUUUGCUCAAAGCCUGCAACAAGUGGUCUCCACAGAUUCUCGAGACGGCGUCGAAGCGCUACGAUUCGUUGCAUCGACUAGCGCCGUGGCAGCGAAAAUGUCUUGCUAAUUUGGAGGAAAAGAUGAAUAACGCUGACUUACGGUAAUGGAGACGCCGUGUGCGAUCGGUACGGUAGUCUGAAAUGAAUCCAAUGUUUUAGAAA